AUGUCUGGACGAGGAAAAGGAGGCAAAGGUCUGGGAAAAGGAGGCGCCAAACGUCACCGAAAGGUUCUUCGCGAUAACAUCCAGGGUAUCACCAAACCCGCCAUCAGACGUCUGGCCCGCAGAGGAGGCGUCAAACGUAUCUCCGGUCUGAUCUAUGAGGAGACCAGAGGU